AUGUCCUCCUUACGCUCGUGGGACAGAGCUCGAGCUACCGGCGUAUGUCGGAAAUGGGGAGACAUAGCAAAGUCUCUCAAAAAAAACAACCGGCCUCCAACGAAUGUGCACGUUCGAGAGAACAAUGAGUUGGUUGAUAUCUGUGACCUGUCCCGCUGCCUCUCAAAUAGGAUCAUCUUUCCAAAUCGACCUCCCGGCGUAGUCUGUUACGCCAAGGGCGGUUGGAUGUUGUUCCACGAUGAUGAUAUCCACGCGAUGAAUUUCUACAAUCCUCAAUCAAAUGAGGUUGUUGAGCUCCCAAAGAUACUAUCUCAUGAUCUGGUCGAUAUUGCUGCGUUCUCAGCCCCACCAACUUCGCCAAACUACACUGUAUUCUUGCUGCUUGUUACCUUCCCGGAUGAUUCUCCCGAUGUCGUUAUUUGGCGCCCAGGGGAUAUGGCGUGGACCAAUGUCGAGUAUAGCAAAAGACAUCGAUCCAUCACUUCCACUUGGGUAAAUGUCGUGGUUCGCAACGGGAACUUCUAUUGUAUGAAUAUCGACGGCUAUAUCGGCGAGUUUGAUCCGGUAAAAUGCAGUUUGAGAGCUCUCCCAUACGAGCCCCUUCGAUGCGCUCGAUCUGUCCCGUCUUACGGCUGGAGGAAAAGCGUGUUCAUGGCAGAGUAUGACGGCGAUUCUUUCUACUGCGCACUUAUGGCGUGGCGCAACCCAUAG